AAUGAAAAUUUAAUAAAUUAUUUAAUCUCAAUUGAAAACAGCAAAAGAUAUUGAAUAAAAUUAGAAACGUUGCUUAAUUACUUUGGUUAAUAGGCAAAGUUGAUUAAAAAAUGGCUUGAAUUUUAAUAAGAAUAAAGUGCUUUCUUUUCGGUGGAAGAUAGAAGAAAAGAAAGAACGAAAGGUGAUGUAAAAAAUAUAUCUACCUAUAUAUAAAAAAGUAAAAGGGGAAAGGCGAAGAAAAAGAAUACUCAUCACUAUAAACUGCUAACACGUAUGGCUUUCCAAAUAACCAACGAAUCAACCGUUGUAUAUAAAUAAAUCACAACCUAUAAACUGCAAUUGUGAUAUGUAAGACGCAGACGAAGAAAAUGUAUUGUUUACAAUGUCUAUUACCGGUGCUUUUGCUGCCAAAACCUACAAAUCCAGCUCUGAUGGAAACUCACGUUAUGUUUAUCGUUUUGUAUUUAAUCGGUUUCUUCUUGGAACGCAAACCGUGCACCAUAUGCAGUUUAGUAUUCUUAACAGCGGUAUUCCUUAUAUGCUAUAGCGGCGUUGGCAAUUGCAUUUUCUGGGGUAAUUGUGACGGUCAUCAAUGCGAAAAUGGAUAAGAGAAUCAGCCAAUUAAGAUAUAUUUUAAAAUCUAAAAAUAAAAAAAGCCAAAGUUAACUGUUCAUCAUGGAUAUACUGAAGCGAAAUUAAAAGUAAUAAGACAGGCCUCCACGCUAACAUUAAAUUAUCAAAGGUUAUAAAAAUAAAAAUGUUGCAACUUUUUAAAUGUCAUCAUAUUAAGUAAUUUAUAUACUAUUGCAAUGUUAAGAGGCAAGAAAUUGAAAAAUUGGAGCUUACCAGCGAGGCGAACCUUUGGUCACAAAAUAAUUUAUAAUCACUGAAAAAGAUUUACAAGAUCCGAGAGAGAAUGUGUUUUGUAAAUAUUACUUAAAAAAAUUAUUUAAUCUAUUUAGUAUUUAAGCCAUUUUUGCAUAAUUGAUUGACAGACUUACAUGGACAUAACAGACUCACU